AUGCCAAAGAGAGCAGGUGGUGAAAAUAGCAAAAAGGCUGCUGGCAACGCCAGAAAAGCAGAAGCCGCUGCUCAAAAGCAGGCUGCCGCAGAUGCCAAACGGGCUGCCGAAGAAGAUGCCCAAUGGUCACAAGGAGGAAAGGGUGGUAAUGCUAAGAAAGAAGCAGCCGAAGCCAAAAAAGCCGAAGCAGCCCGCAAAAAGGCCGAGCGUGAUGCCAUGCUAGCUGAAGAAGAAGCCUCCCAACCCUCCAAGGCCAAAGGCGCAGGCGCAAAAACCGCACAGAAGAAAUCCCGAGGUCUCGAUCUCUCCCAACUCGACGAUAACCUACCUUCCAGCCGAAAAGCAGCUACUUUGAACGCCUCUGGUAUCGAGAAUGCGCUCGAUGCGCUCGAGCUCACGGAAUCUGGGAAUGCGAAGAUUGAUCGACAUCCAGAGCGGAGAUUCAAGGCUGCUUAUGCGGCGUUUGAGGCCAGACGAUUACCGGAGAUUGAGGCGGAGCAUCCCGGUUUGAGGAAACAGCAGCGUGUGGAGAUUUGCAAGAAGGAGUUUGAGAAGAGUGAUGAGAAUCCGUUUAAUAAGGUCAAUGUUGCUUUUGAUGCGAGUCGCGAGGAAAUUGCGGUUGUGAGGGAGGCGGAGAGGAGGAAGGUUGAAGCUAGAUUGGCUGGGAAGUGA